CAGUACAAUGAUGGAUAGUCGUGGUAUUCCUAUUGUUACAACGCAAAAGUGCCCAACCACACCAAGGCGCUCACAUGUUUACACUGGCAAUAAUACCCCACGACGCAAUGAUAUUCCUUCUUCUCCCUUUGUUGUGCCUAACUUGAGAAACGAACAGUCUUUGUUGGAAGCAUAUGACUCGUUUACUGAGGCAUGUUUUCAAAGUCACUUUAACCACUCACUAGCAAGUGAAUGCUAUACUAUGCGAGACUUGUUCAAAGCAGACUUGUUUCCUAGCUUAGGCGACUUACACUAUCCUUCUACUCGAAAACGCUCACUUACAGCUGACACAGAUGAUUUGCCUAAUUUGGAAGUCUCAAAGAAAUCAAAGAAUCAGACAGUAGAAGACGAUGAUGAAGAAGAAGAAGAAGACGAACUAGACAUGUACGAUAGACGAACAAUGCCUGAUCUGGUUCAGCCGCCUAUCAAGAACAACGGUUCGCAUAAUUCGCCAAUACAAGAAAGGAAAGAAAACUCCAGCUUGCCAGAACAAAAGAUUCAGUCGGAUCAACAACAUACCACACAAGAUACCGAACCUAUAAACGACCAAGCAGAUGUUACAUCUACAAAAGAAGAUAUACAUGUCGUAGAAUGCAAUGAUUUAAUCAAUACUCGAUCGGCAUUGGAUCUGAGCGAAUUUCAAGUCUCCUCUUUAAGCGAAUACCAAAGUAUUCUUUCAAAUGAAUCAUUUAAAGAAGUACCUGCUAUUGAAGAGCAAUCUAUUCGACAAGAAGAAAAAGAAGCACCAGAUAUUGAAGAAUUAGUUAACGAACAAAAAGAAGAACAGGCGCCUAUCAUCGAAAAACCAACCAUUGAACUACAACAAGAAGAACAGGUGCCUGUUAUUGAAGUACCAGUUAUUCAACACAAAGAAAAUCAAGCGCCUGUUGUUGAAGAAGCCGCAUCUUCCGCUCAAGACAUUGAUACGAACAAGAAUACCCCACCCAUUCAAGAGCCUAUCAAUACUCGCUCUAAGACACGAAGUGCUACAGCUCAAACGAUAACGCCUUCACCAACGCCUUCACCACAGAGGUUGACCCGAAGCCAAAAGAAACUGCUUUUAGAACAAGGUGCCGAAGAUACAUUAUUCACGAUACCUGAAUUACCUCCGUCUGUUCGAAGAAGUUCGAGAAUCAAAGAGAAUUUGGCACCAAAAUCUGUGUCCAAAGUCACAAAGAAAUCAGUUCAAAAGAAACCCACGAAUAAAAAACCUGUCAAAGAAGAAGAAGAAGCACCAGUGGCCGAACCGACGAAAAAGAAAGAAUCAGAGGAAGAAUAUAAAAGAAAACUGCAAAGGAAAGCUGAAAGCGAUGCAGAAAUUGAAAAAAUCAACGCAUCUUUUCCUUCUUUACCUCGUUAUUACCAACUACUUUAUCGAGCAGGCUCAGGUACGUUUAGUCGAGUCUACAAGGCAAAAGACUUGUUGGUGGAUCAAUACAUGCCUCUUGAACAAAAAGAGAGACUGGUGGAUGCAAUGGGUCAUUUAGCCAAUAUAAAUCAUGUUGCGAUCAAGUUGAUUUUGGACAUUAGUACACCUAUGCGUGUAGCCAAUGAGAUUGAAUGCUUGGUUGCAUUAAGAUCUUCUCCUGGUAUCACGCCUUUGAUCACAGCCUUUAGGAAUGAAGCCAUCACCUAUGUUGUUCUUCCUUAUAUCGAAUUUGAUCAUUUCGAGGAUCUCUAUGCUACCAUGUCUUUAGAAGACACUCGAUCUUAUAUCUCUGAAUUACUUAUUGGCUUACAAAGUGCACAUGAAAAAGGAAUUGUUCAUCGAGAUGUGAAACCUGGCAAUUUCCUUUACAGUAGAAAAACAAAGCAUGGCUAUUUAGCUGAUUUCGGUUUAGCAAAAAAGACGUUUACAGCACAACCAUCUAAACGUGAUUCAAACAAGACUUAUCCUAGCAUGCACCCUAACAGACAAAUAGGCUAUUAUAUAGACGAUACAAGACCUUCUUUACAAGGCGAUCGUUCAGGAACAAGAGGAUUUCGCGCACCUGAAUUAAUGAUGCGAUACCGAUACCAAACAACAGCCGUUGAUAUGUGGGCAGUGGGUGUUAUUUUGUUGAUUAUCCUUAGUGGCCAAUACCCCUUUUUUGAGCCAGAAGAUGAUGCUGAUGGUAUCAUGGAGCUAGCUCAUAUAUUUGGCAUGAAGAAACUAAAAGAGUUCGUUGAAUAUUAUGGCCGAGUUAUUCAUACCAACAUACCUACUAUUCCUGAAGACCCAGUGGACCUUGGUGCCAUUUGUCAUGAAAUUAAUGAGAAGCGAGUGAAAUCUUGGGACCCAGAAGAAUAUCGACUUGCGGUUGACUUAAUGAACCAUUGUCUUCAACUCAUUCAUACCAAUCGAUUAACUGCUACAGAAGCUUUAAAUCAUCCAUUUAUCAAACGAAAUCAAGUGUAAAAAUAUGUAAAUAAUUAUGUACAGAUCAAAAAAAU